AUGUCACGCAGUAAACAAGAAGAAGAGGUGGACGUUGCUGAUCAGUUUCUGAAUCUGAACUAUGACGGAGAGGUAACGACGACCGUCGAAGCUGAAGGUACCUCGGUUGAUCAACCCGAGCAAGAUACUUCGACUACAGAUAAAAUAGAAGUACCGCCACCGACAGAUAUCCCUAAGGAUGAGAGUCAAAAAAUUGAAGACCCUUCAAAUGAAAAGGAAAACAAAGAUCCCGAAGAGGGGGACGCGGUUCAAGAACAAUCGAACGGUAAUGAAAAAAAUGAGAAAAAUGAGAAGACUGAAAAAAAUGAGAAAGAUGAUGAAGCUGAGGUUUACGAAGUAGAGUCGGUGCUUGAUCAUAAUAAGAGAAAAAAUAAAACGUAUUACUUAAUUAAAUGGAAAGGCUAUACUGAGGAAGAGUCUACUUGGGAAGAUGAGGAUAACGUUUUCGCUGAAGAUUUAGUAAAAGAAUAUUGGACAAAGCAAAAUUCUGAUGAAACAAAGCAGAAAGAGACCAGGAAAGGUAGAAAGAGAGUUGCUACUGCUCCUCCUCCCAUCCAUUCUAAAAAAGAAACAAAGAAAGCACGUAUUUCUACACCAAAAAAAGCGAAAGCAGGCAGAGUUAAAAUAGAUGAAGAUUUUGAUCAUGACGAAGACUGGGAGAGUUUGGUUUCAGGGGUUGAGACGGUCACUCGUGAUGAUAAAACUGGCGAACUACUGGUCUAUUUGAAAUGGUAA